GUUUGAAUUCGGGGCGUAGCAGAGCGGAGCCGGGCCGGCGAAGCCUCAGCCGCGAUCCUGCCCGGUGCGCCCAGCAAGCUCGGGGAUCAUGAGUGCGGCGGCCACGGCGGGCAAGCUGGCGCGGGCACCCGCGGACCCGGGGAAAGCCGGGCCUCCCGCGGUCGGCGCGGCCGGGGCCGCGGCGGCCGCCCCGCCGACCAAAGAGAUCCCCGAGGUGCUGGUGGACCCGCGCAGUCGCCGGCGCUACGUGCGGGGCCGGUUCCUGGGCAAGGGCGGCUUCGCCAAGUGCUUCGAGAUCUCGGACGCCGACAGCAAGGAGGUCUUCGCCGGCAAGAUCGUGCCCAAGUCCCUGCUGCUCAAGCCGCACCAGAAGGAGAAGAUGUCCAUGGAGAUCUCCAUCCACCGCAGUCUCGCCCACCAGCACGUCGUGGGCUUCCACGGCUUCUUCGAGGACAGCGACUUCGUAUUCGUGGUCCUGGAGCUCUGCCGCCGCAGGUCCCUCCUGGAGCUGCACAAGAGGAGGAAAGCACUGACCGAGCCUGAGACCCGCUACUACCUGCGCCAGAUCGUCCUUGGCUGCCAGUACCUGCACCGCAACCGGGUCAUUCACAGGGACCUGAAGCUGGGCAACCUGUUUUUGAACGAGGAUCUGGAAGUGAAGAUAGGGGACUUUGGCCUGGCAACCAAGGUGGAAUAUGACGGAGAGAGGAAGAAGACCCUGUGCGGGACUCCAAACUACAUAGCUCCUGAGGUGCUGAGCAAGAAAGGGCACAGUUUCGAGGUGGACGUGUGGUCCAUUGGGUGCAUCAUGUACACCUUGCUAGUGGGCAAGCCACCUUUUGAGACCUCUUGCCUGAAAGAGACCUACCUCCGGAUCAAGAAGAAUGAGUACAGUAUUCCCAAGCACAUCAGCCCUGUGGCCGCCUCACUCAUCCAGAGGAUGCUGCAGACAGACCCCGCCUCCCGCCCCACCAUUCACCAGCUGCUGGAAGACGAGUUCUUUACCUCUGGUUAUAUCCCUUCCCGCCUCCCCAUCACCUGCCUCACCAUUGCACCCAGGUUUUCCAUUGCUCCCAGCAGCUUGGACCCCAGCAUUCGGAAGCCUCUCACGGUGCUCAAUAAAGGCACGGAGAACACCCAGCCAGAACGACCCCGGGAAAAAGAAGAGGCAGUGGUUCGGGAGCCCAGUGAGGUGGUCGAGUGCCAUCUUGGUGACAUGCUACAGCAGCUGCACAGUGUCAAUGCAUCCAAGCCCUCCGAACGAGGCCUGGUGAGGCAAGAGGAGGCCGAGGACCCUGCCUGCAUUCCGAUCUUCUGGGUGAGCAAGUGGGUCGACUAUUCGGACAAGUAUGGCCUUGGGUAUCAGCUCUGCGACAACAGCGUGGGGGUUCUGUUCAAUGACUCCACUCGCCUCAUCCUUUAUGACGAUGGGGAGAGCCUGCAGUACAUAGAGCGUGAUGGCACAGAAUCCUACCUCACUGUGAAUUCCCACCCCAACUCCUUGACCAAGAAGAUCACCCUCCUCAAGUAUUUCCGCAACUACAUGAGCGAGCACCUGCUGAAGGCAGGUGCCAACAUCACCCCGCGGGAGGGCGACGAGCUGGCCCGACUGCCCUACCUGCGUACCUGGUUCCGCACACGCAGCGCCAUCAUCCUGCACCUCAGCAAUGGCACCGUGCAGAUCAACUUCUUCCAGGAUCACACAAAGCUCAUCCUGUGCCCCCUGAUGGCGGCGGUGACCUACAUUGACGAUAAGCGGGACUUCCGCACAUACCGCCUGAGCCUGCUGGAGGAGUAUGGCUGCUGUAAGGAGCUGGCCAGCCGGCUUCGCUAUGCCCGGACCAUGGUGGACAAGCUGCUGAGCGCCCGCUCGGCCUGCAACCGCCUCAAGGCCUCGUCCUAGGCCCCUGCCUCGGGGCCUGUGCCCUCUGCUCCAAGGCCCACACUGGGCUGGUGCUGACGGUGCCCCCUGGCGGGUUGUAAGUUAUUUGUACAUGUUGGUGGUGUGGCCAUUCCACACGGUGUGAACUGUACAGAGUAUAUUUCUAUUGAAUUUG